AUGCCGGCCCAUCUCCACGCUCACCCACAUGGGAGCACCUCCCUAACUGCCAACCAUGAAACUGAGAGUCCAUCGGAUACAGUGUCCUCUCCUCGGGUAUACUUGUCUCACGACGAUGAGGAUGCCAUCGCGGAGAUCCGUCGUACCUUGACGGAGAUUAGCCAUCAUAGCCCCCAGCAAGCUUACUCUGAGCCGCACUCUUCCUUUGACAAGUUUUUAGAAGCAGAGUUGCAAGCUGGCCGGAAAAAGCCGAAUCUCGGAGUUUGCUUUCAAUCGCUGUCAACAUGGGGAGAUGGGGAGGAGCACACCGAUGUUAAGACCUUGGGAACGGCACUCUGGCGCACCUUGACAUUUCAGGAUGUCUAUGAGUGGACGAUUCAGCCCUGGCUUUCUAGGAAGGAACCACAGAGCGGACGUCCGUUGAUUCGUGAUUUUUCAGGCGCCGUUCGAAGUGGUGAGAUCAUGCUGGUGCUGGGACGACCGGGAGCUGGUUGCUCGACAUUUCUACGAACAAUUGCGGGCCAUCACUCUUCGUUCCUCGGAGUAACAGGGUCUUUGGACUACUCUGGUCUCAGCCUAGAAGAGGUCAAAAAGCACUAUCGUGGCCAAGUGGCCUAUGUCCCAGAGGACGAUGUACAUUUUCCUACGCUCACGGUGCAACAGACGUUGGAAUUUGCGCUCCAGAGUAAGACACCCCAGAGAUACCAAGACCGGAUCUUUCGUUACCUUGAGAUCUACGGUCGCGUGUUCGGCAUGUCCCACACGAUGAAUACAUUGGUCGGUAACGAAUAUAUUCGGGGUGUUUCUGGUGGGGAACGCAAGCGUAUUUCGAUCAUUGAGUCCCUCGCAACAGAUUCUUCUGUUUCAUGUUGGGAUAAUUCCACCAGGGGACUUGACGCUUCAUCCGCUCUGGACUAUGCUCGUAGUCUCCGAAUCAUGACUGAUACAUGUGGCAAAGCUACGCUAAUGACACUGUAUCAAGCAUCGGAUGCCAUUUACGACCUAGUUGAUAAGGUUCUUCUCAUUGACGAAGGGCGCAUGCUCUUCCAAGGCCCAGCUCGGGAAGCAAAGCGUUACUUUGAAGACUUGGGUUACGAGUGCGCGGAGAUGCAGACAAUCUCAGACUUCUUAACGAGCAUCACAGUGCCUGAGAGACGCAGGUUCCGACCAGGUUGGGAGCACCGAGCCCCUAAGGGCCCCAUUGAACUGGAGGAAACAUUCCGCAAAAGCCCAGCCUAUCAUAAGGUCCAGUGUGAUGUACAGCAGUACGAGGAUCAAUGCCUUGGUGGAAAAGGUGUUCGAUGCUCGCAGACUGAUUCAGACGAUGGAAGUCUGGAAGACUUCAAGAAGGCCAUACAGGCAGACAAGUCCCGUUUUGUCUCGCCUAAGUCCCCGUAUACGAUCUCCAUGUUCCGACAGGUGGUGCUUUGUGCAAAGCGACAGCUGUGGCAGAUCCGGGGACAUAUGUCUCCUUUGUAUAUCAAAAUCAUAUCAUCUGUCGUCUACGGGUUGCUGGUCGGUUCCAUGUUCUAUAACCAGCCGCAGACCACCGCAGGGAUGUACUCUCGAGGAGGAGUCAUUUUCUACUCCUCCAUUCUGCUCGCAUGGCUCCAGAUGUCCGAACUGGAAGAAGCAAUGCAAGGGCGGGAUAUUCUCAGCCGUCAAAAGAAGUUUGCGUUUGUUCGACCCAGUGCUGUAUGUUUGGCCAGAGUUAUUACGGAUUUCAUCAUAGCAGCAGUGAUCACGUUUCUGUAUCUGAUCGUGGUUUACUUUUUGUCUGGCUUGAAAUCCGAUGCCGGGGCUUUUUGGAUUGACUUCUUAUUCAUCUACCUGUGUACCAUCUGUUUAACGGCCCAGUUCCGAUUGUUCGCCGCCGCAUCUUCGAACUUCGAAGUUGCUUUACGAUACUGUGGCGUAUCCGUGCUGUUUUGCAUAGUUUUUGGUGGUUAUGUCCUCUCGGUAGAUAGGAUGAUUAAAGACGUUCCUUGGGUUGGAUGGAUAGCGUAUACUACUCCAGCUCUUUAUACAUACGAGGCAACGAUGGCAGCGGAAUUUCACAAUGCCAACUUCACUUGCUCACCAGAAUCUGUUGUCCCUUCCGGUGCCAACUACACCAACAUUGCAUAUCAGACUUGCGGCUAUGCGGGAAGCCAAAUCGGAUCGACUGUCGUCAAUGGCGACAACUAUUUAGCAGCGCAAUACGGCUUUUCUUUUGGUCAUGUCUGGCGCAACUUUGGAAUAUUGUGUCUCUUCACUGUGGUCUACAUCGCCUGUACUUGCUGGUUAAGUGAAAUCAUGGAAUGGGAACCGGACAGUGCGGGCCCCAUACAGUAUAAGAAGUCGCGGAGAAGUUCAAGACGAACCCACAGGGAAGGACUGGAUGAAGAAAGCAACCCUGUCCAACGUGAUGCAACCAUGCCUGAUUCAGCAAGCACUUGUGAAAAGUCUGGCCAAGCCAUAAGCGGAACAAUGUCCACAUUUACUUGGGAUAAUUUGGAGCUGUUUGUGGAAGUUGGGAAAGAGACACGAAAGCUGCUCAAUGGAGUCAGUGGCUACUGCAAGCCCGGAACCCUGACGGCUCUGGUGGGUGCUUCUGGAGCGGGAAAAUCAACUCUACUGACGGCCCUGACUCGGCGACCAAAUUCUGGAAAGUUGACGGGUACAAUGUACGUCGACGGGCAUGCGGUCGAUGAGUCAUUCAAUCGUCAGAUUGGAUACUGCCAACAAAUGGAUAUUCACGAUGAGAGCAGCACUGUUCGUGAGGCGUUUGAAUUUUCAGCGCUGCUGCGCCAGAACCCAGAAGUGCCCGAUGAAGAAAAGCUCUCAUAUGUGAACACGGUCAUUGAGACACUUGACUUAAUCGAGUUGCAGAACGCCCUCAUCGGGUCAUUAGAUAUCGAAAAGAAGAAGCGUGUUACUAUUGGGGUAGAGCUUUGUGCGAGGCCUAAGUUGCUACUUUUCCUGGAUGAGCCGACAAGCGGACUUGAUAGCCAGGGCGCUUCUAGUAUUGUUGCCUUGCUGAGGCGAUUGGCAGACCAGGGACUGGCUAUUCUUUGUACCAUUCACCAAGCAAACCAGCAGCAGUUCGAGGAGUUUGAUCGAGUCUUGGCUCUCAGUCCUGGUGGAAGUACCUACUACUUUGGGGAAGUAGGGCAGUCCGGCUGUUCGAUCUUUGAAUAUUUCUCCAAGAAUGGACACAAGCCGGAGAAUGUGACCAAUGCGGCAGACUAUUUGAUCGAAGUUGUCGUAGGGGGCAUGAAAGACACCACACACCAAGUCAACUGGGCUGACGUAUGGAACCGAUCCGAGGAAGCCGAUCUGGUCAAGAAAGACAUCUGCGAUAUCCGGGGUAAGGGAGUUAAGGCCGAUGUCUCCCAAGAUGCAAAAAGAACCUCACCGCCACUUUAUCGUCAGGUAGGCCUUUUGACCAAACGUACUUUGCGGCAAUACUGGCGAAGCCCAGAGUAUCCUUACUCCCGGCUCUAUGCGUCGUUCCUGCACGCCCUGAUUAACGGUCUCACUUACCUGCAGAUUGGGAACAGCUCAACUGACCUGCAAUCCAAGGCCUUCUCAUGCUUCUUGGUUCUUAUGCUGGUACCGGAGUUCAUCAAUGCCAUCUCUAUGCGGUUUAUCAUGAACCGCGAGAUAUGGAAGGCACGCGAAGAUCCUAGCGGUGUCUACGGGUGGGUUGCAUUCUGCACAGCACAAAUCGUAUCUGAGAUCCCGUACGCCAUAAUCAGCGCCGUGAUAUUUUAUGUGCUUUAUUAUUUCAUCGUCGGACUUCCUUUGGGAUUUGCUGCCGGAUAUAGUUUCUUGAUGUUCUUCUUGUUCUUCCUGUUCGCCACGUCUUGGGGUCAAUGGAUCGCAGCGCUGAGCGCUGACUCUAUGGUGGCUGCGACCCUCAUGCCAUUCUUUAUCAUCAUGUGCGAGCUGUUCAACGGUAUCCUUCAGCCCCACGAUAACAUGCCCGUGUUCUGGAAGUACACCAUGUACUAUGCCACGCCAUUCACUUAUUGGAUUGGUGGUGUCCUAACGGCUGUCCUACGUGGCAUGCCCGUCAUUUGCGACAGCAACGAAUUGACGGUUUUUGAAAGCCCACCGAACAUGACUUGCGGAGAGUAUGCAGGCCCGUGGCUUGCAGAACAUGGCGUAGGCUACCUUUCCAACCCAGAUGACACAAGCAAAUGCGGAUACUGCAAAUAUAGCUAUGGAGAUGAUUACCUCUCUGGCAUUGGCCUAGACUCGUCGAAGAUUUGGCCCUAUUUUGGCAUUUUCUUUGCAUUCGUGAUCUCGAACUAUUUGAUGGUCUAUGUUCUUGUUUAUGUGCGAUCUGUGAUGAAGCCUUUCUGGAGGCGUAAUUAA